ACCGGCUCCUUCGUGGAACAUUAGUUUGUCAGCUUCGAGGCAGAAACAACUUACACGACUCACUAUGAAGACAUUUGUCCUGUUGGCUCUAGUGGCGGCUGCGGCCCUCGCGGACGAAGCACUAAAAGUGGAGGAGAAGGACAGGGCGGCGCUGGUGAGGGCGGCGCAGGAGGGGGUGGAGCUCGGCUCCAGGACGGCGGCCGGCGACGUCGGCGAGAGGGGCGGCGUCCAGGCGCCGUCCGAUAACGAGUACUACUGGACGUACGACCCGUACAGCGAGUACAGCUGGUACGACGCUUACUACCCGUACGGCUACUAUUACCCGUACAGCUGGUACUACCCGUACAGUUGGUACUACGACAGCUGGCGGAAGUAACGUACUCUCACGGAAUAUCGCCUUCACGGACCUCAACAAAUCAUCGGUUAUUGAUGUUUGAUGUUUUUUGAUUAUUAGAUACAUGUAUUACUACUUUUUAUAGCAGAAUUUUUUGCAUCUUUCACGUUUGGUAACUGUAGAAUUACAUUUGCAUGUUGAAAAGUCAAAACUGUUGUGAAAUAUCAAAUUAAUUUCAUUCACGCACCUCAACAAAUCAUCGAUUAUUGAUGUUUGAUGUCUUAUGACUAUUAGAUACAUGUAUUACUACUUUUAUAGCAGAAUUUUUUGCAUCUUUCACGUUUGGUAACUGUAGAAUUACAUUUGCAUUUUGAAAAGUCAAAACUGUUGUGAAAUAUCAAAUUAAUUUCAUUCACGCACCUCAACAAAUCAUCGAUUAUUGAUGUUUGAUGUCUUAUGACUAUUAGAUACUACAUGUAUUACUACUAUUUAUAGCAGAAUUUUUUGCAUCUUUCACGUUUGGUAGCUGUAGAAAUACAUUUGCAUUUUGAAAAGUCAAAACUGUUGUGAAAUAUCAAAUUAAUUUCAUUGUACUUAUUUGUACAACAACCUAUUAAAAUUUUACUAGUUACAUCAUAA